AUGGGAGUGAAUGAAUUAAAGCUUGAAGAAGAUCUAUUUAAGGAAGUGUUGGAAAUCGAAAAAGAUAAUUGUGGGCGAGUGAAAUUCAAAAUGAGCGAUCCUUAUUCAAACGAGGCCCCGGCUGACAGAGAUGAGGAAAUGGAAGCAUUUGAUAUCUCUCCGAUGGCUUUAUCCUUCGAAGCCGCCGGGAUAAUAGGAGUUUGUUCGACAGUAAUCAUCGGUAACGGGCUUCUGUCUGUCGUAAGUUUCAGAAAACCCAGUCAGUCUUAUACGGGAAAUACCAGCCUUCUUUUCGUCGCUGUGACGGAUAUGUUUACGGCCAUCAUUACGAUGCCGCUCAUGGUUGCUUCGUUGUUGGAGUUGAAGUGGAAAUAUGGUGACGUGCUUUGUAAAGCAACUGGAGUUUUGACGAUGCUUUUCCUCUUUACAAGCUUAAUGGUACUUUGCCUUGUUUUAUUACAUCGUUGCUGGAUUGUAUUUUGUUCAAACCAAGAACUGGAGUCCAUGGCAAGAAAGCAAACACUGAUAUUUAUGGUAGUCGUUGUCCUAGCAAUCGCCAUUGCAAGCCUUGCGUUUCUGAUCAACUGGAAGAGAUUUCUCUCCAAUCCAACGAGACUUCUUUGUCGGCUUACAAAUUCACCAAACUAUAUUGCGUACAGAAUGUAUUACUGUAUCUUCUCCAUGAUAACACCUUUGCUGAUAAUUAUUUUGUUGCUAAAUCGAAAACCACAACCAGCCACCUGA